AUGCAGCUGCGUCCUCUGAGAAGCUUUACAAAAAUGGGAGCCACCGUGUUGAAGAUAUUUGCCAUUAUGGCCGUCAUUACAGGUCCUGCGAGUUGCGCGGUCAUCACAUCAUCGCAGAGGUCCAUGAACACAACCGUUGGCGGAAACAUCACGAUCCCCUGCAUCUAUCCAAUGCAGGCCUCUGUGUCCGAUUUAUUCAUUCAGUGGACCUUCCACAACUCCAGAAUAAUUAAUCCUGCCAUAAUUUAUUAUUCCAAGGAAGGCCAGCCUUACACUUCUGCCGAAUUUAAGGGCCGAAUCCAAGUGGUCAACGGCACAGGGAACGCCUCGCUAACCAUCUUGCAAAUGCAAGCAAAGGAGACUGGAGUGUACACCUGCGAAGUGCUGAGCUUCGGGAAUCCACCUGCCCAUUUCGAAAAAUCGAUGGUUGUCUACGUCUUGACUCCCCCUUCGAAGCCCCUUUGCAGCUUCACCCAACAGCUCGAAAAGGUCGAACUGGGCCACAUCAUUAGUCUCUCCUGCCUUUCGGAAAUCGGGAUGCCCGUUCCCAAGUACUACUGGCAUCGCCUCUCGGGGGAUGCGGCCAUGCCAGUGACAGAUAGCUACAAUCCCCAAACUGGUGUCUUGACUAUCGGCAACCUAACCAAGUUUGAGGAAGGUUACUACCAAUGCACCGCCUUCAACUCCCUCGGCAACGCCACCUGUCAGAUUGACCUCACUAUCAAACAUUCGGAAAGCGGCAUUAUUGCCGCAGCGCUGAUUGCGGCCAUUCUGGCGGCCGCCCUAAUCUGCGUCAUAGUCUGGAUUGUAAUGACAAAGGAGAAGAAAAAGAAGAGGAAAGAAAAAGCUGCUGUCAGUGAAAUGCAGACUAUGGCUCAGAAGGAACCCCUGACGUCGGAGCAUGUGGCUAUUCCCAGCCAAGAAAACGCACCAGUUGCCGCCGUGCCACCCAGCAAGGAUUCCAAUGAGACGGGCGAAUACGUCACUCCCGAGGAAAUCGAAGUGGCGCCGGUGCCGGAGAACGAGGCGCAGGGGACGGAGCACCACUCCGUAGCUUAA